AUGAGGGAGUAUUCAUGCCUCCAAGGCCCUCUGCUGCUACUGCUAUUACUGGGCUGUGGGCAGCCACGGAUGUCUGACCGCAUCGUGGGCGGGAGGGAUGCCCGGGAGGGGGAAUGGCCAUGGCAAGCCAGCUUGCAAUACCGUCGGUCCCACGUGUGCGGGGCCUCACUCAUCUCUCGACAGUGGGUGCUGACAGCAGCUCACUGCUUCCCAAGACCCGUUAGGCUGUCAGACUACCGCAUCCGACUAGGGGAGUUCCGCCUGGCCCGGCCUUCGCCCCAAGCCCUCUCCUCGCAACUGCUGCGGGUAGUGCUCAACGCGAACUUCACGGAAGAAGGGGCCCAAGGCGACAUCGCGCUGGUCCAGCUCCGCCGCCCAGUGUCAUUCAGUGCACGUGUCCGGCCGGUCUGCCUCCCUGCACCUGGAGCCCUCCCACCCCCGGGAACCCGGUGCUGGGUCACUGGCUGGGGCAGCCUCCGGCCAGGAGUGCCACUGCCUGGCUCCAGGCCCCUGCAGGGUGUCCAGGUCCCGCUGAUAGACAGAUGGGCCUGUGACCGGCUCUACCACGUGGACUCUGACAUCCCCCUCACGGAGCCUAUUGUCUUGCCUGGUACCCUGUGUGCAGGCUAUGCCAGGGGCAGCAGAGAUGCCUGCCAGGGAGACUCUGGAGGCCCCCUGGUAUGUAUCCAGUCUGGUCGAUGGGUCCUUGAAGGUGUGGUGAGUUGGGGCAAGGGAUGUGCUCUGCCCAACCGUCCAGGUGUCUACACCAGUGUGGCCCACUACUGGCCCUGGAUCCAGGCUCAUUUAGGCACCCAGGCCCCACUUGUCAACCCCCAAGAGCCCAGUCAUCCCAGAUCCCACCAGCUCUUGCCAUUAUUCCUUCCUGGCUUCUGA